GGGGAAGCUGAACCAUAUUCUGAUCAAAAGCUGCCAGCUUUGUCCACAUGCCGGUGGAGCGGACAGCGGAGAUUGCUGCAAGCCCAGAGACCAUUUGGACCUAUCUAGGGCAGCUUGAACGUUGGCCUGAGUGGGAUGCUGAUAUCAAGAGUAUCUCUGACGUGCAAGGCGGCCUCGUGGAAGGAGGCUCCUUCAUGCUGCACAUGGAGGGCGUCUCUGUGCCGAUCACGAUCAAAGACUUGAAAGAACAGCAAGGUUUCCGAUGGGUCGGGCUCGCGAUGUGCGGCUGCCUCACUUGCGAGGGCGUCUUUCAGCUGCAGGUGCUGGGCAACCAACGGACGAACUUGGAGUACAGCUUCGGACUGGGCAGCUGUUUGGGCUGCGUGCUGAGCACAGUGAAGCGAAAGGAGAUCGUCACGGGCACAGAGGUGGGACUUGCCAACAUCAAAAAGUUCACGGAGGAAAUUGAAGCCUCGAAAAGUUGAGGGGAAAGCGACCCCUGGUGCUGUGGAUGUUUUCAGAUUUUUCAGGUGUUGGAACCCUUGGAACGGAGUUCCUCCGAUUUUUGCUAGGUAGAGAGAGCACCAUGAAAACAAUGGUGCCCUGCUGCCAGCUGCUUGCGCCACCAAGCGCUCGCGAAGGAUGGCCCAGGAUGGCCCAGGGCCUCCUUUCCACGGCAAGAGUUGGACUGGAAUUUUCGAGGAGCGUGCAAAGCACGAGCCACCCCUUUUGGUCCCUGAGAGCCAAUAAAAAUAGAAAGCUGCCGCUUGUGACAUUGUGCCGUGUGGUGC